ACGCGAAGUGCGCAAGCGCAGUGUAAAAUCAAAGCCAGCAGGUUGAUUAUAGCAUAGCAUAGCAUAGCUUAACUUAGCAUAGCUAUUACCGGGUUUUGUCUCAAAAUUGUUGGUGUGUGAAAGUGAUUUUAUAAAACGCUCGAAUUGUUCAUUCAUCACUCGAAUUAUUACUGACUGGAAAAAAAAAAGAAUAUACGUUGUCAGCCGAUCAACUUUAUUAUAUCAGCGACGCUAGCUUAGCUUGUCAUGCUACACAGUAAAAAUAGCCAGCUAGUCGCAUAGCUUACUGCGUUGCUAUGGUAUCAAAGGAGAUAAAAUGAUGUCGGCUAUCUCAGUUAAAUAGGAGAACGCUAUUGAGGAGAAGUAGUUAUCUGUUUUCCCUGUGUUCUUCUCCGUCGGUGUGUUUUUUAUAUAUCGAGUGAAACUGGAGGCGAGAGUCGGGCACCGCGUGUGCAGAAUCCAGCCCUGAUUCCCAGGAAGUCUCAUCAUCCUGCGUCUCCGUCCUCGCGGCGCAGAGUGAUGACAUCACAGCGGCAAAGGCAUGCCACACGUGCUCUUCCCGCUCCACGGAACUCCUCCUCGAGGAGCUCGGGCUCACGCUCAGGACCCUCGACCUCGUGUGGUGGUGCGUCCCGAUCCGCGCCGUCUUCCUCUCGCUCCCUGCACGCGUGGCCGGAGGAGGCGGUGGACGAGGCGUACGGCCUGUACUCGCUGCACCGCAUGUUCGACAUCGUCGGCACUCACCUCACGCACCGCGACGUGCGCGUGCUUUCCUUCCUGUUCGUGGACGUCAUCGACGAGUACGAGCGCGGCGGGAUACGGGACGGGCGAGAUUUCCUGCUGGCGCUGGAGAGACAGGGGCGCUGCGACGAGACCAACUUCCGGCACAUUCUGCAGCUGCUGCGCAUCAUCACCAGACACGACCUUCUGCCUUACGUCACGCUGCGCAAGAGACAGACAGUGUGUCCUGACCCUGUGGAUCAGUACUUAGAGGAGACGUCUGUACGCUACAUUUUUCCCAGAGGAAGCAGGACAGAGAGCCCACAGGUCACACCGCACAGAUGCGCAGGUCCACAGCCUGUGAUUCGUUGCCCCUCUCCUGAGGUGUGUCAGCCCCGCCCCAAACCGGCCACGCCCACUCCAAACAGAAAGAGGAAGAGAGCUCACAGUGUGGCGGACUGCCGGGAGAAACAGACCUGCGACAUCCGUCUGCGUGUUCGAGCGGAGUACUGCCAGCACGACUCGGCCCUCCAAGGCAACGUCUUCUCCAACAAGCAGGAGGCGCUGGAGCGGCAGUUCGAGCGCUUCAACCAGGCCAACACCAUCCUGAAAUCGCGCGACCUCGGAUCCAUCAUCUGCGACAUCAAAUUCUCAGAGCUCACCUACCUGGACGCGUUCUGGCGCGACUACAUCAACGGCUCGCUGCUGGAAGCGCUGAAGGGCGUGUUCAUCACAGACUCACUGAAGCAAGCUGUCGGACACGAGGCCAUCAAACUGCUCGUCAACGUCGACGAGGAGGACUACCAGGCGGGCAGGAGGAAGCUCCUGAGGAACCUGAUGAUGGGGGGAGGGGUGGGGGCGGGGCUGGGGUUAAGCCCAGCUGGCCCGGGGACGGGGACUUCAUAAUGGCGAAGCGAAAUUUUGACUGUAAGUUUGUUGUGGAGUGUGGGCGGAGCCAAGCCGAGUUACAUGGACCCGAGGAACAGAUCACGGAGGAAGGACAGCGUUGAAGGAGAGAGAACGUAUGCUUCAGUUCUUAAAGUAUGAAAAUAAUACUAAUAAUCAUAGGCAAUGUCUCGAUCGAGAAACCGGUAUCAUGGUGUUUAGAUUUGCCAACAGUGUGCCAACGAAGCACUAAAAAGCAUUUAAAAUAAAAUAAAAGAAGUGACAAAUUCAUCCAGAAAUGAAACAUAAAUGCAGUCGAUCAGCCAAGACGUGUUUGUCGUCUGGUUCAGAUUUGCGCUGGAGCUACAAAGCUAAUGUAGCUAAUAAGCUGUAGUGGUUUAUCACCCAGAGCGUCGUCUGCGAAUUCUCAAAUUCUAACACCAAAAAUAUCAAACCAUGCGAUUCCCGUCGUUAAAGGUGGCCGCCUUCAUAUCGUCCCAGAGCCGGGCUACGCGGUGACGUUUAAGACGUGUUUGUUUCCAGAGAACAGGAAGUCGCUCCGUAAACACGUUUACAUGACAGACCUUUGGAAGCGCGACAUUUAGUCCGAGAUCGACUUCAUAAGCAACGUUAACCGUAGUAGCUCCAGGUUCAGUACCGAAGAACCGAACCGAACAGGUGUUCGGUUGAUCGACUGCGUUUCAGGGAAAACCCUUCAAACGUGUGAGGUAGUUUUGUCAAAUUAUUCCUUGAAGAGAAGAAGAGCGCCCCCUUGUGGAGAACGUGGAGCUGUGUUGCACAAACAGGGCUCUCGAAUCUCAGACCCUCCCACGCCUCGUCUUUUUCUCCUUUCCCCUUCUUUCUGUUUGAUUCCCGAAAGAAGCGUAGAAACAUUCAUUUGGUGAUCUGGAGAAGCUCCUCAGUGACUGUUCCGGAAGACUCCGAGGCCGAAGAAGUGGAAUUUAAAAAGAAAGAAGAAAAAAAAAAAAAGAGAUUUUGUACGAUUUUCCUACCGGAAUUAAACAACGUUACAAAACAUGGUAUCUAUUAUAUAGGCUGUAUGUUCUGGUGAUGUUUUGAGUGCUUGUCCAUUAAACCUGCAUGUCGGCGAUUUCGCUAACGUCACGGUGAGCUAGACAUGUGCCGAUGAUCGAUUAUAGCGCACGCCGCCACGUUCGACGCGCAGUGACAGUGUUAUAUUAUGGCCUGCUGUGCCAUAUUUGGACGUGCCCCCCCCCCCUUACCCCACCCACCUUGGAGUAUGCAAUCCCAUAAUUCCAUUCAUUAUGCCAUUUUUGGAAUGUAGUAUUUUUUUUAAUACAGUAUUGUCAUAUUGUAAAAUGCUGCGAUAAUAAAAAUCACUCUGAGAAUAUCGGUCGUAUCGGCACAUGCCUAUAGCAGAUAAACACGCUGUGUUCAGUAGACUCCUGGAAAGGGUUUUUGUUUUUUUUGUUUUUUUUUCCCCCCCGAAGGCAUUUGCAGAUCACCGUUACCGGUAUAUCUUGGCACGGCGAGCGUGUUGGUCCCCCGACAUCAUCAGAACUGUUCCACUGGUUACGUGGAGAAAAAAAAGUAGUUAGCUUGCUGUUAAAUUAGCUAGCUAGCGUCGCGUUGAAGGUUUGCUGUCGGAGUAGCUGAACUGAAAUAGCUAGGUGUUCAUUAAUUAAUACUGAUUAUUGAAUUAUUCCAACAUUCUACCAAGAAGUAGCUAAAGUUUACCUCCAGAACCUCGCUCACGAAGAACGAUGACCCAGGGGAUCGCCACACUCCUCCACACCGACGGCACAGUUUAUUAUUAUUAUUAUUAUUAUUUUAUUGAGUGUUUCACAUCCUGUAAGGACCGCCAUUCCGAAUCCGAAUGAAGUGCUGCAAUACGACAAUUUAUUAUUAUUAUUUUGAUUUACUAAGAUUUAUUCCUGGUUCCCACGGCGACGAUUGUGUUCAGUGAUGCGUCUACGUGCGUAGCAGCUGACUGAUUAAUUAAGUGUACAAAUCAAUAAAAACGGAUUGUUAAAAUAGUGAA